AUGGUCGUUGUGUGUUUGAAUCGCUCUGAAAAGACGAUUCCAAUUACUGAGCUCGUUGAAAAAGGUCAAAAGGCACUUUUCGAAACAAUUCCAGCAUCGUUCCCAGAAUGCGAAGGACUCCCGACAGACCUCGAUCGUUUCAGUGAGUUUACUCGUACUUUAAUCAAGUAUUAAUUUCAUUAUUGUUUCAGGACUAUUGUACAAUGGAAAAACGCAGAGCGAUAAGGACUUGGAGAAGUUGACUGACGACGAUGUGAUCAGAAUCGUCGUUGUUCCGGAGUGGAAGCUCAAGGUAUUUACACUUUUUUAAAUAAGUUUUUUAAAAAUCAAUUUCAGAAGCCGAUCGACGAAGCCCGACGACGUCAAAUCGACACUGGCCUCGCAGCCAUGGCAGUUCCGUUCAGUAAUCCAGAAGAGCGUCGUCUUCGUGGAUUCAAUGCGGAGUUCUCCCAACCGAAUUUCAUGGCAAAACUGCUCGCAACCUUCCCAUCGGUACUAGAUUUCGGCUUUUCUCUUCUGAAAUCUUUAUCCAGCUUUGCUUCGACGUGCGUUUCAUGGCGAUUCUCAGUGAUUGGUACGUAUUCCGCGCAUACGUCAUCCGAAAUGACUUCAAAGACGACGAGGCUCGGAACGCCUUCAAGUACACAAAUCCGCACUUCUACGAAGUCGCCAAGCACGUCAUCACAUCCAUCGCGGCUCGUUAUGGCUUGAGAAUUAGCGAUCGUCCAGAAGACGCGGCUGCAAUGCGACCAGGACUAGGCAACUUUGUUUCUCAUAAUGCUCUUCAAAAUGUAAAACGGAAUGAAUGUGAUUUGUGUUCAACAUUAGUUUCAGGCUCUCCAAGCAGCCCUUGGAAAUGCGCUAAACAAUGUUCAGAUGCCCGGACAGCCACGUCCUGCUCCGGCUCCCGCUAAUCCUUUCCAAAUUGCUCUCGGAAAUGCACUAAAUAACGUUCUUGGAGCUCAGGCGGCAGCACAAGCGCCUGCUCCACUAGCAGCUCCAGAGCCAGGUCCAGCGCCAGCUCAACAGGAACCAGAGCCCAUGGAGCAAGGAUAGUAAGUUUCAAAAGUUCAGAAGCCAUGAGGAAUAACAAUUUCUGUUUCAGUGAGCAACAAGCUGCAACUCUCCGCAGCUUCGGAUUCGACAACGAGGAACUCAUUCAGUUGGCCCUGGAACAAGCGAACGGAGACGUUCAGUCGGCGAUGGAGUUCCUGAUUGAAAUGAACAAUUGA